AUGGCACCCGUUAAGAAGGAAAAGACCGAAAUGAGCGCCUUCGAGCGCAAGCGCUUGGAGAACAUUGCGACAAAUUCGGCAAUGUUGAAAGACCUGAGUGCGACUGCAGAGAAGAUAUUGCCUAAACCAGUUGGCAGACCUAAAUCAACAGCGAAAUCAGCGCCUCGAAAGAAGAAACCCGCACCUGUGAAAAGAGAAGAAGCACGACCCACACGAACGAGCUCGAGAUUAGCUGGCCAUGAUGCAGAUAGUGAGACUGCAAAGAGGAAAGCUGAAGUCGAGUUCGAGUUCGCGACAGAACAGGCAAAGGCCAAGAGACUUCGAGUUUCGGGCGAUCUGAAUUAUAACGAUAUUAUUGUCGAAGGCAAGAAAUUUAGUAAAGAUGACAACUUCUUGUCCGGCAUUAUGCGAGGUGCGCAGCCCAAUGUUAGGACUUUCACCGAAGACGAUAUCAAAGAGACCACGGAUGAAAGCCUCAAAGCUUUGAGGGAGAAAAUGAGUGGGUUGGAACUCUAUGAAGGAUAUCAGCCAAAUCAAAUCAAGAUAACUCCCGAACGCAUAUAUGCUUUGGGUUUUCAUCCCUCACCGGAAAAGCCUCUCAUCUUUGCGGGUGACAAAAUGGGCAAUAUGGGAAUCUUUGACGCUUCUCAAACUGGACCUGAGGUGAAAGCUGAGGAUAACGGGGAUGACGACGAAGAUCCGGAGACGCCAGAGCCAGCAAUUACUGCUUUGAAGGUUCAUUCGAGAACCAUCACAUCUUUUGUGUUUCCCGCAAAUGGGGAGCAUGUGUACUCUUCUUCUUACGACUCUUCAGUCCGGAAAUUUGAUUUACAGAAGGGAGUAGCAGUGGAAGUCUUCGCCCCUUCAUCUAUCGACGAGGAUCUGCCUAUUUCGUGUAUCGCCAUUCCAGCUUCAGACCCAAAUAUGCUCUAUUUCACAACUCUAGAGGGACAACUGGGCAAGCAUGACAUGCGAACAUCAUCUGAUACUGAACUAUGGCAAAUUAGGGACAAGAAGAUUGGAGGAUUCUCACUUCACCCAUUGCAGCCACAUCUAGCAGCAACAGCCUCCAAUGAUAAGAUGUUGCAAAUCUGGGAUUUACGGAAUGUCAAGGGAAAAGGGGACGCCAGAAUACCGGCUCUGAUGGGCGAGCACGAAUCACGCCUUUCUGUAUCACACGCCUCAUGGUCAGCUGCCGGCCAUAUUGCCACGUCUUCCUAUGAUGAUACAGUCAAGAUUUACUCGUUCCUGGACGCCGGAUCAUUCAAAGUCGGGCAUGAUCUAGAUGACAAAGCCAUGAAGCCGAGCUCUGUCAUUAAGCACAACAACCAAGUUGGGCGAUGGGUUACGAUUCUUAAGCCUCAGUGGCAAGAACGACCCGAGGACGGCAUCCAAAAGUUUGUCAUUGGAAACAUGAACCGAUUUGUUGAUGUCUUCAGUUCAGAUGGAGAGCAACUAGCACAGUUGAGUGGUGAAGGAAUUACAGCAGUCCCUGCCGUGGCACAGUUUCACCCAACAAAGGACUGGGUUGGAGCUGGAACGGCAAGUGGAAAGCUUUGUCUCUGGAUGUGA